AUGGACGUGGUUCAUCCGCACUUCACUGCGAGGACCUCCUUCAGCUUUCUACUGCUGAUCCUGCUUCAAACGUCGGCUGAGGCCACGAACAUCUGUUCUGGCCCUUCAGCUGUGGAGUUUGCAGAAAACAACACAGUGGGUGCUGUUGUGGCAACGAUCACUGUCCAACCAGGGGUGACCCUUGAGCUCCUACCUCCCUCUGACACCCCCAACAACCCGUUCAGGCUCAUAGAAAACCAGCUGAUAGCUACGAGUGUGUUGGACUAUGAGACUGAGAAAAGUCAUGUAGCCAAGAUCACCUGCCAUGACCUAGCUACAAGCCUCAAGUUGAACAUCAGCAUUGUUAUCAUUGUGGUGGAUAAGAAUGACAACCCUCCGGUCUUUAACCAGAAUCCCUACCUUAUCAGUGUUAAUGAGAUGUCUCCUGUAGGAGCAACCGUGGGCAUCUUCCCGGCCACAGACUUAGACGAACACUAUGAGCUGUACUACACACUAACCUCUGACUCUAAUCACUUUAAACUGAAGUCACCUACCAUCCCGGAAGUCCUCAUUCAGACGUCUCUCGACUACGACAAAGUCAAAAAUGUCCAACUGGUGUUGUGCGCUCAGGACACACAGUUGAAAACAACAGCUACGAGGGCCUCGUUCACUGCCACCACCACCAUCAUGGUCACCAUCUUAGACGGGGACAAUAGGCCACCGUGGUUCCAGCCCUGUGCCAUGCACGAGGUGGGAGGGGCUGUGAUCUGCCAGAACGCCGGCUACAAUGGCACGGUCACCUUAAACGAACAAGAGACCGGAGUGUUACCGCUGAAACCAGGACCGCUUUACGCCAUUGACGGAGACUCUGGGAUAAAUGAGGAGAUAAUGUACUCGUUUCUGAGUGGAAAUGAUGAUCGUCUGUUUGAUAUCAACGCAAACACGGGGAACAUCAGCAUGCUGAGGCCGGCUGACGUGUUGGAGACAAUCCACCUGACAGUGCUGGCCGCCCAGAAAAGAAACACUUAUCAGUUUGCCACCACCACCGUCGCAAUCAGUAUUCGAGUGAAGAGCCUCCAUCCUCCACAGUUUCAGAGGCCUCGGUACGAGGGCAUCAUCACUACGGUGGGCUCCAUGGCUAUGGACAAGAAGAACAAGGACGAGGCCCUGCUGAUCCUCGCCACAGACGGUGACUACACUGCCACUGGGCAUCUAAAUCCCGACAUCACCUACUCCAUUAAGGGGAGCAGCGAUUUCUCCAUCAUUAAUGGCCACUUGUUCAUGACAAAGGCUGUCCCAGACGCCACAUUAUCCCUGCAAGUGGUGGCACAAGACACGUCCAACGGUGAAUCGGAUACAGCUCAGCUCAUAGUGGAGGUGACAUCAGGUCUCACCACCACCAGUUUUCCUUUGAGCACAACAGUCAUUAUGACCACAACAACCAUAGGGGAAUCCACCACCAACAGCAAGACCCCUGAAGAUAUCUCAACCAAUAUCCCCAGCACAACCAGUGAAAGCAUAAUCUCCACUGCAAAUUCCAGUUUGUCCACUGAAGGCAGUGUUUCAACCUCUAAUCCCAGUAUGACCAGUGAAGAAAGCGUCUCCACUGCCAGCACAGCUCACCCUCUCACAGUGAUCAUACCGUCAGGUGGCUAUGGGCCAGCGGACAUGGCAGCGCUCGGUGUGACCCUGGGUAUCCUGCUGCUGAUCUGUCUGGUGGUCAUCGGGGUGCUCGUCCAUCGCAUGCGGAAGGGGAAAGCAGACUGGAGGAAGAUCUACGAAGCCAGCGUGUUUCGGAGCUCUCUGGGUAAAGGUUCAGGCGGUCCUAAGGACGGAAUCCAGUACACCAACGAGGCCUUCGAGAAUGAUGAAGAUGAAGGAGGCAUGGGCUCCGGCGGCCCCAAGGGGGGAAAUGUAAUGGCUGCUGGAGAGCCACAAAAAGCUGUGGAGGACAUCCCGUUCAGAGAGGCCAUCGUGAAGUCUUUGGCGCCACUGCACACCCUCCUGCCUGACGAUGCCAGCCAGUUGAGCUCGGACAAGGUCGACAACGAGAAAGAGGUGAAACCCAUCCUGACCAAGGAGAGGCGCAUGGAGGAAGGAUACAAGGCAGUCUGGUUUAAGGAGGACAUCGACCCCAACGCCAAGGAGGAGGUGGUCAUCAUCCCAGACAGCAGAGAGGACCACAGCGAGGAGGAAGACGAGGAACAGUCAUCCAGUAACAGGAAGAACGACAACUCACUGAUAAAAACCCCAAAGGUUGUCUUCGCUGAUGCAGAUCUGGACUUGGGCUGAAGAUGGGGGAUCCAGCAGAGGACUCAGAUGACGACGAAGCACUGACCUGUGAUCUGUGAGAGGAACCAAAAGACGAGUACAUAGCGGGAAUCAUCUAUAAUAAAAUCCAGGGAUUUAUAAGAUGUGAGUCCUGUAACGCUCUGCCUUAGCAGUCAUCACAGAGAACCAGUAAAAUAGAUCCAGGACUGAACACAACUUAUGGAAAGAUUAAAAAGAGAAGUAAUUAUUACCCUGAAUUUGUUAUUUCCAGUACAAGCCUCACGCAGUGUUUGAAUGUUUAGAUUUGGAGUAAACUGAUCCUCUCACGGCUUUUAUUCUUUAUGUAAAUACUUCAGGUCAUGAUUAGUGUAGUGUAACCUGAUAAAUAUAGUAUAUUCAUGUGUGUGAGGAGAUCAGUGUCAGAGUAAUGACACAAUGGAAACCACUGUCUGUGGACUCUUAAGUGUGCCUGGUACUGGUACUGCAGGGGGUCCAGUGUAAGAUUUAUGAAAUAAAUGUGUAUGUGAAUUUAUUGAUUUCUGCUCAGUAAAAAUCAAACAUGUAUUUUAGUCUUAUCGUCUUUAAAGCCUCACGCAGGUGUAUGUGCAUACAUGUGUUUUAUAUUAUGGCGAUAUAGGAGUAGUUGUAUAGUGCUGACAGAUGAAUUCAUCAUGCACAAAACAAGAAAUGCACGGAGAGAAAAAGGAGAUGAUUAAAAAUAAAACAUAUCUUUUGUUACCGCCUAUGAUAAUAAAAGCCUCUCUGCUGAUACGGAAGACUGUAAAACAUUACGACAGAAACAAACUCUGAACUUCCAUUAAAUAAUCCACAGCAGUUACCAGAAAUGUUUGUCAGCAGUUUUCUUAAAAUAAUCAACACAGUUUGAACUCAUGGAGCAGAAAACUAAUGUAAAUAAGUCUGUUGGUGUUUGGUUCAACCGAAGUAUUGUAUAGUAAUAAUAAUAAACCCCUUUAACUGAGGAAGAAUAAACUUUUAUUGUUGAAUUGUUAAUCAUAGCCUUAUGUUUUACA